CAGUUAGUAGUGCAAGCAGGUCAGCGGUCUGCAGCGUAUAAGGAUGUCAGAAGAGAGCAGAAAAACAUAGUCGCAGCUAUUAAUUAAAAUAAAAUGACGGAAAUUAGAAGACAACCACCAAUGGAGGGGGCGAUAAUAAGGCGUCCAAUGCAAGGGGCUGUUAUUCAACGUCAACCCAUGCAGGGGGCAGUAAUCCAGCGCCAGCCCAUCCAAGGAGCUAUAAUAAAACAGAGAAAAUGGAUGGAAAAUCCUGGGCCUAUCGAGGGCGUUCCACCGGGGCUAGAGCUUCUUGUCGACUUGGAUCAAAUCAUCGUGAAACAACUCAUGGAAUUUUCUGAAAUGAGUGGUUGUGGAGAAGGGAGGAAUCAGUAUGAUAUCAUCAACAAAUUGGGGGAACAGCUGUAUAAGAUAAGAGAAAAAUCUGAGGAAUUUGAGAGAAUAUGUUAUGGACCAUGCAGAGGCUUCGUCUAUCCCAUCCGUGACAUUACUGGACAGGAAGUUUUGCGAAUGAGCCAUGAUACGUGCCAGGGAUGUGAAUGGCCCUAUUGUAAAUCAGGCCCGGACUGGGGAUUUGAACUAGUGAUUGAGGCGCCUCCUGGUAACCUUGUAGGGUAUGCAAGAGAAUGGCAUGAUGGUCCCGGAUUUAGGACUGCGAUUCUAGAUGCCAAUAGAAAGGUUCUCUACAGAUUAACUGGUGAAGACUGUACAUGUAUAGGACCAUGUUGUCCAAGAGAUCUGGAAUAUCCAAUAACGGAUAUGGAUGGAAAUAAUAUUGCUAACAUCUAUAAACGAUGGGCAGGAACAUAUCAAGAAACAUUUUCAGAUGCGGACAAUUUUGGAUUAACAUUUCCAAAGGACAUGAUCAUUACCCACAAGAUUCUUCUACUUGGUGCAAUUUUCUUGGUGGACAAAUUAAAGCAUGAACACGACGGAAAAGGUGGCGGAGGCGGAGCCUGAAUAUAGAGUGAAUGUUGUCCUAAACAAUCUCUCUGGAACAUUUGAUCAUAAGAAUCUCAUUAUUGUUAAAUGUCUUAAUUGUAGAUUUUGUUAUUUUGCUCAAUGUUUACUUGUUGUAUUUUCCUGUUUUACCAAAUGCUAUAGGAGCAAUCCAGUAUACUUGAUUAUAAAAAGAAAAUAGCAUGCUGGUAUGAAUACUGAUACGGAAUCUUUUCACAUGUUUAAAAAUAAAUGUAUCUCUUUAUCCGAAUAUACGUAAUAGUCAUUGGAUAAAUAACUAGAACAAGUGAAUAUGCUUCUAGAAAUUACCUCUUCCAUACACCGAGGAGGUUAGAAAACCACAUUCUAAAAAGAUUGUUUUGCAAUGGGUAAUUCACGUAUGUAUUACAAACCCACUUUUAUAAGUUCAUCUCUUUAAUAAGAACGUGACAUGUAAAAAUGUGUAUUUAAUAUUGCUUAUGUCAUAAGUUUUUCAAUUCACUCCGAAAUCUUGAAUUAUAUUUUAAUUACGGGAAUCAAUUGAUGAAAACUUAAAAUUGUAUAUGCGAAUGUAUUUUACUAAAUCAUGGUUUAUGAAUAAUGGAAUUUACCAACAGGAAUCUAUCAUUAUUAACUUUGUUAGUAAAAUAUCUGUCGGUAUUAUGUUUUG